AUGGAAGAAGCUGACAAUCAAACUCAGCAAUUAUUUUUAUUAAAAGGACAAACUAUUGUCAGUUCAUUAGAAGAAAAUGUGGAAUCAAUUGAAUUAUCAAAUAUAGUCAAUGAAAAUGAUAAUAAUUCCGAUUCAGGCAUCAGUCCAAAUGAUAGUGAAGUUGAAAUACUUAUUCCUGAUCAGAAUCGUUCACGAUAUAAUAAAACAACAUUAUCGACUAUAUUUGAUCAUAAUGAAGAAAAAUGGUAUAUUGUAGCAUGUCAAGUUUUUAUUCCUUUUAUGAUAGCAGGAUUUGGUAUGGUAGCUGCUGGAUUAGUUCUUGAACGUGUUAAGGAAUUAAAUGUAUUUAAAGAAAUAACUGAGAUUUAUAUACUUGUUCCAGCUUUACUUGGUUUAAAAGGAAAUUUAGAAAUGACAUUAGCAUCACGUUUAUCUACACAAGCUAAUAUUGGAAAUAUGGAUAAAAAAUCAGAACUUCGAAGUAUGAUUAUUGGAAAUAUAGUUUUAACACAACUACAAGCUAUUGUUGUUGGUUUUCUUGCUGCUCUUGUAUCACUUGCUAUGGGAUGGGUACCUGAAGGACAUUUUAAUUUACGACAUGCACUUGUUCUAUGUAGUAGUAGUGUUUCAACAGCAUCAAUUACUUCAUUAGCAUUAGGUGGAAUCAUGAUUUUUGUUAUUGUCAUUUCACAUAAAUGCAAAGUCAAUCCUGAUAAUAUUGCUACACCAAUAGCUGCGUCACUCGGUGAUUUAACAACACUUGGUAUUUUAGCUAGUAUCGGUGGAUUUUUAUUUAGAAUUAUUGAUAAUUAUGCAUGGUUACCUAUAAUGAUUACAAUUAUUUUUUUAAUUUUAACACCGAUUUGGAUUAUUAUUUCUUCUCGAAAUGAAUAUGUUAAAGAUGUACUUAUACAUGGAUGGUCACCCGUUGUCGCUGCAAUGCUUAUUUCAAGUGCAGGUGGUCUUAUACUUGAUUUUGCUGUUCAAACACUCCGAGGUGUUGCUGUUUUUCAACCUGUUAUGAAUGGUGUAGGUGGUAAUUUAGUAGCUGUUCAAGCAAGUCGUUUAUCUACUACACUUCAUCAACAAGGCAAACCAGGAGAAUUUCAAGAUAGUACACAAUAUCAUGCUUCAAAAUUUUUUCCUAAUCCAUACAAAAUAUUUUGUUCAACGAAAAGUAAUUCAUCAACAACACGUGUUUUAUUAUUUUUGGCUAUACCAGGUCAUUUAACAUUUGUUUUUAUCAUAUCACGAUUAGCAACAGAUCAGACUCGACUUUCAUUUGUUUUUGUCUUUCUUUAUCUUAUAGCAGCACUUAUUCAGGUUGCUAUUCUUCUAUAUAUUGCUCAGUGGUUGGUAAUAUUUGUAUGGAGACAUGAACGAGAUCCUGAUAAUGUAUGCAUUCCAUAUUUAACAGCAAUUGGAGAUCUACUUGGUACCGCUCUCCUAACUUGUGUCUUUCUCUUAAUAUCCUAA